UUCUGCUGUAGUUGUUCGCCCUCAGGCCGUUAUAAUAGUUUGCUUAGUUUCCACUGCUUCCCAAAAAAUGACGACCCGGUGUUUGGGAGCGACGGCAAGACCACCGAGCCCGGAGCCUGAUGUCCUUGAACCAGCAGCAGCAGCGGAGCCUAUUGCCCUCCUAUGGUCAUUGGUCAUUGACCAUGACUAUGAAGCAUCUCCUACUGUGUGCGUGGAUAGGCAACAUUACGAACAACUCAAACAGGAAAUCGAUACACUUCGAGAGCAACUGAAAAUAUGCCAUCUAUCCAAAUUUGGACUGCAGCAGUUUGCCUCUUCUCCAGAAGAUAUACGAUUUUAUACCAGGUUCCCAUCCUACAUGCAUCUGAUGGCGUUUUGGAGCCUGAUUGAGUCUGCGACAUCAAAAAUGAUCAGAGUGACCAGCAGAGCCAGGAAAGCAUGCACCAUGAGCACAGUCACUGAGAGCCCUAUGACCAGACCAAUUAAACUGCUGCCAAUAGAUGACCAGUUCCUUUUCUUAACUUACCUGUCCACUGGCUGUACCCAAAGGGAACUGUCUCAUCGCUUCAACAUCCACAGCACAACAGUAGGCCAUAUCAUAGUCACUUGGGCCAACUUUCUGAACUCCCUGUUGGGCUCGAUGUUUUUUUGGAUGUCCCCUGCAGCUGUGAAGACCUGUCUACCUCCUGAGUUUGAUGGCAGAUAAAGCAAUACUCAAGUGAUCAUUGACUGCACCGAACUCAGGUGUCAGACACCCUCUUCCCUCCUGCUGGAGAAUGAGGUUUUCUCAACCUACAAGUCCCACUGCACCUUCAAGGCCAUGGUAGGCAUGUCCCCUCACAGAGCCCUUACAUUUGUAUCUACCCUCUUUGAGGGCUCCAUGAGCGACAAGGAAGUGUUUCGCCAGGCAGGAAUUACAUCCCUUUUAACCCCCGAGAUGGCUAUUAUGGUUGACAAAGGAUUCCUGGUGGAUGACCUGGUGCCUGGGACUGUUUAUCGUCCAGCUUUUGUCACUCAGAGGGCCCAGAUGCCAGAGGAGGAUGUCCUACAGACCCAAUCCAUAGCUCGGCUGAGGGUGCAUGUAGAAAGAAUGAUUAGAAGAGUCAAAGAGAACAAAUUGUUUGACACCACCAUCCCCCUCUCCAUAACCAGGAGCAUCAAUCAAAUAUUCACAGUAGCCUGUUUUCUCUCAAAUUUCCAUUUCCAAAAUGGACCCCUAGUGAAGACAUGGUCAAAUGAAGUUUGAAAUGGUUUUUACAAAUAAAUUUGACAUCCAUUAUUUUAUGUGGUUAUCUGUUUUCAA